GCCCGGCCCCGCCCCGCCCCGCCCGCUCGGCCCGGCUUGAUCUUGCGCGAGAGCUGGCGGGCUGUGACGCUGCUCCCGGGUCAGAAUGUCAUACCCAGGCUAUCCCCCUACGGGCUACCCACCUUUCCCCGGAUAUCCUCCUGCAGGUCAGGAGUCUUUUCCCCCUCCAGGUCAGUAUCCCUAUCCCAGUGGCUUCCCUCCAAUGGGAGGAGGUGCUUACCCACCAGCUCCAAGUGGCAGCUACCCAGGAGCUGGAGGCUACCCCUCUCCUGGAGGCUAUCCAGCCCCUGGAGGCUAUCCUGGUGCCCCACAGCCAGGGGGAGCUCCAUCCUAUCCUGGAGGACAAGGCUUUGGAACCCCACCAGCUGGAGCAGGCUUUUCUGGCUAUCCACAGUCGCCUUCACAGUCCUAUGGUGGAGGACCAUCUCAGAUCCCACUACCUGGGGGCUUUCCUGGAGGACAGUUGCCUUCUCAGUAUCCUGGAGGACAAGCUCCUUAUCCUAGUCAGAUCAGUACAGAAUCCUUUUCUUCCUAUCCUGUUUUCUCUCCUGUUUCUUUGGAUUAUAGCAGUGAACCUGCUGCGAUGACUCAGGGCACUCAAGGUACAAUCCGACCAGCUGCCAACUUCGAUCCUAUGAGAGACGCAGAAGUUCUCCGUAAGGCAAUGAAAGGAUUUGGGACUGAUGAACAAGCGAUUGUGGAUGUUGUGGCCAAUCGAUCCAAUGAUCAGAGACAAAAAAUUAAAGCAGCUUUUAAAACCAUGUAUGGCAAGGAUUUAAUCAAAGAUCUCAAGUCCGAAUUGAGUGGCAAUAUGGAAGAACUAAUCCUUGCCUUGUUCAUGCCUCCCACAUAUUAUGAUGCCUGGAGUUUACGGAAUGCAAUGCAGGGAGCAGGAACUCAGGAGCGUGUUUUGAUUGAGAUUUUGUGUACAAGAACAAAUCAAGAAAUUCAAGAAAUUGUCAGGUGUUAUCAAUCAGAAUUUGGCCGAGACCUUGAAAAGGACAUUAGAUCAGAUACAUCAGGGCAUUUUGAACGCUUACUUGUAUCCAUGUGCCAGGGAAAUCGUGAUGAGAGUCAGAGCAUAAACCACCAAAUGGCUCAGGAGGAUGCUCAGCGUCUCUAUCAAGCUGGUGAGGGAAGACUAGGAACAGAUGAAUCCUGCUUUAAUAUGGUCCUUGCCACGAGAAGCUUUCCUCAGCUGAGAGCUACUAUGGAGGCUUAUUCCAGGAUGGCUAAUCGAGACUUGUUAAGCAGCGUGGGCCAUGAAUUUUCCGGAUAUGUUGAAAGUGGUUUGAAGACCAUCUUGCAAUGUGCCCUGAGUCGCCCCGCCUUCUUUGCUGAGCGCCUCUACUAUUCCAUGAAAGGUGCUGGCACAGAUGACUCUACCUUGGUCAGGAUUGUGGUCACUCGCAGUGAGAUUGACCUUGUACAAAUAAAACAGAUGUUCACUCAGAUGUAUCAGAAGACCCUGGCCACUAUGAUUGCAAGUGAUACAAGUGGAGAUUACCGGAAGCUCCUUCUGGCUAUUGUGGGCCAGUAGGAGGGAUUUGUUUUUUUCUUCUUAAUGAAUGAAGCUAUUCAUGGCUUACCAAGACUGCUUGAUUGCAUGCAGCAAUAUCAACCAUCACUUAACCAAAACAGCUUUUUAAUGAGGACUGUGUCAGGGGAAUGUGCAUGGGUUGCACAUGAUGUUAUUGCCUUAAUUCUAAUAUUUUUUUCUUCUCUAUACAAUCAGUGUAAAAGCCAUAUCACAAUGAUGUAGUAAUUUUGAGGUGUUUGUAAAGCUUCAUUCUCACUGCAUUUAUUUCUAAUCCAGAUUUCACAUUGAAUAAAAAUCACUAUAAUCUCUCUGUAA